AUGUCGGACAUCAAGUCCAUAGGUCCGGACCAUUACCCGUCUCCCAAGGAGGAUGAGGAACCCAUGGCACUGCAUGUGGACUGGACAAAAGACGAAGAGAGGAGAGCGAAGCGAAAAUUGGAUCUCCUGCUUAUGCCACUCCUCGGUCUUGGAUACUUUUGCUUGCAGCUCGACCGCGGAAACAUCGCCAAUGCCAUCACAGACAAGUUCAUGGAAGAUGUCGGCAUCAACCAGGACCAGUUCAACGUGGGCCAGCAGAUGCUCUCGCUCGGCAUCGUGCUUACCGAGAUUCCGUCCAACAUGAUACUCUACCGAGUCGGGCCGGGCAAGUGGCUCACUCUCCAGCUCUUUCUGUUCGGUACCGUCAGCACGUUCCAGGCAUUCCAGAAAGGAUACGGAGCCUUCCUCGCGACCCGAUUCCUGCUCGGCAUCACCGAGUCGGGCUUCAUCCCGGGCGGGUUGUGGACGCUCUCUACGUGGUACACCCGGUCGGAAAGCGCGAAGCGGAUCAUCAUCUUCUACUUUGGCAACCAGCUCGGCCAGGCUUCCUCCAAACUACUCGCUUACGGGAUUCUCCACAUGCGCGGUGUCGCCGACCGACCUGGCUGGUUCUGGCUGUUCGUCAUCAUGGGCGCGUUCACGCUGCUCUCUGGUCUUCUGUUUGGACUUUUCUUGCCCGACUCCUUCAAGAACCCGCACAGGCAUGCCAUCCUCCUUCCCACCUUCUUGCCGGGUGUCUCCAUCUUCACCGAUCGGGAGAUUCAUAUCCUGAGGACACGGGUCUGGCUCGAUGACCCGAUGAAAGGGAAGAAGAAGAAGCGCAUCGGAACAGCCGCCUUUAGAAAGGCCUUCCUGAGCUGGCGUUUGUGGACACACUUUCUCAUUUCGCUCGCCAACAAUGGUCCGCUCCGUGCCUUCGAUACCUAUGGGCCGUCGAUUGUGACCAGCUUUGGGUUCCCCGCGCUCUCGUCCAACGCGAUGGCCUCGGUCGGUCUGUACAUUCAGAUCCCGAUUGCCUUUGCUUUCAGCUACGUUUCGGACCGUUUUAACAAACGUGGCGAGACGGUCAUGGCCGGCUUCACCUGUCACUUGAUCGGCUACAUCUUCAAUCGCGCAUUCACCUCGCUCGGCCCCAACCUCCGCGGGGUGCGAUACUUCGGCGUGGUGUGGACGCAGGCCUUUGGCACCUUCUCGCAUCCCCUCAACAUCACUUGGAUGUCCCUGGCAUGCACCGACUCAGAGGAGCGAGCGUUGGCAAUGACCAUGGCCAUCAUGGGCGGCAACAUUGCCGGCAUCUACGGCGCGCAAAUCUUCCGGCAAGACGACAAGCCCCUGUACAACCGUGGAUUUGCCGUCAACAUUUCCAUCCUCGUGGUCGGCCUGCUGCUCGCUGUGGUCCGGUACGUCGAUGACUGGCUGCGGCGCCGCAAGGUGAUUCAGUCCGAGUCAUUGGCGGCAGACAGCGACAACAGCGAUCGGAAGGAGAGCGGUGGGCCAGAGGGUGACGGCGACGUCAAGCGGGAGCUGGGAGAUGUCGUUGCUACCGCUACUUGAGCCCUGGCCUCUCUAUAUCAGAUUGACAAGACACAAGGUUGUCACUUGUCAAGUAGUCGGGUACUACUAGAGUAGUAGGAAGACAAGGC